UCGCCUUGCCUCCGCGCCCGCUGCUCGCUGCUCCCCCUCGCUCGCGGCAUCGCUUGUCUCUGCGCUCGCUGCUCUCACACCGUCGCAUUUCUCUGCUUGCCGAUCCCAGCGAUCGCAGCUAUCGCAUCGAUCGGAGCGGCGCAUGGCGGGCGCGGCGGAGAGGCGAGUGGUGGUGGUGGGCGACGGGGGCUCCCCCGCCGCGGCUGCCAUGGCGGAGCGGGAGGCGGGCGCGCGGCGGAACGUGGUGCACCUGGCGCACCCGAAAACAGGCGCGUCGGUGUGCUACUUGCAGCACGGCGGCUGUCUGCUGGAGCUCACGUGGUUCAAGGACGCCCUCGCCUCGUGGCUGCUGGGGGACUCCGUGCUCGAAGAUGGCAGUCUAUUCAUGGCGACUCCCAUUGACGCCGCGUUCCUCCUGCUGCCCCUACUCGUUAAGAGCAGGAUGAAGAAGGAGGGGUCAGACAGCGAAGGCAUGUUCCGGUCGCUGGAUGAGAUCUGCACCGUCGAUGGAUUCCCAUCGUACGGCUGGUUGCAGUCGCAAGGCGCGUGGGACUCUGCCCUCGCUCUUAUCACCGACAGCAGAGAGGUGGGCAGCACGCGUUACUACCGGCUGAAUGACAGUCGGGUGAUGGCAUGGCUGGCAUGCAAGGUGGCGGCGGCCAAGGCGGCUCUGAGGCAGCAUGGGGAGGCACCUGUGAGAGGGCUGCCGGAUAGGGAGCUGGAGUCGUACGCAGUGGGCCUGCUCUCAGAGUACCUCCCUGCCUCGCUCCACUCCGCCCUCUGCUGCCACCUUAGCAUCAGCACGGACGAGGGGAAGCACACCCACGAUGCCCGGAGAGGGCUGCCCACUCCACCUGCCGCUGCCAGUCAACACAAGCCAUCGACUGCACCGCCAAGCGCGGGGAAGCCGGGCUCGUCGAAUUCAAACCAGCGGGGAAAAAAGGCUCUUAGAACUCAACCAGGCGAUCGGAAAAUCACCUCCUUUUUUGGUAGGAAUAGAUAAUGUACAUUGCCAGCAUAAUAUAAAUAGAACUGUAUUCCCCGUCGCAUAUUUAUAUGCUAAUGUACUACCGGAGACAUUACAAUGAA